AUGAACCCUUUUGCUCGAGACGCUCAAUCGCGCUCCGACCCGCACAACAUCCAGCAUCUCCUCUCCCUCCUGCGCGAGAAUGACGAGCAACCGACCCCUCCGUCGAUCCCCAGAGUGGAAGAACAGAGGUCCUCCGACCCACGACUUAAAGGUCGCGCCCAACCUCAACCAAAGCCUCCUGCCUCUGCCUCUGCGAAUGCUCCUCCCCUACCCCAUCAACCACCCCCGCCUCGCCCAGACCUGCGUCACCUUACCCCCUCCCAAGCCCUUCCCGAGCUCCGCCGCCUAGCCAAAGAUGGCACCUUCCUUCGCCUGGUCAUGAAGACAAAGAGAGAGCAAGAUGCCCUCGAGAGGAGAUUGGCAGACUCACGGCGCGAGCGCGAGCGGGGCGACGAAGAGGAAGAGGAGAGAUGGGCUCGAGCCUCCCUAGAGGAGUGGGAUCAGAUGGUCAAGGCUCAACAGCUUCGAUUCCACAAGGCCGGCCUACCAGGAUUCUUCGAAACGUCCUCCCCCGCCGCUCGGGAUAAUCAGCGCAAGAUCCUCGAGCUGUUGGGCGAGUUGAUCGAAGCGGAUGACUAG